AUGCCCCUGCUCGACCCUCGUUCCGGUCCGUCCUACGGUGCUAUAGAUCAACCAGAUGAUAGCUGCAACAUGGACCACGAACGAGACCAAUUACUGCAGGAUGGGUACGAGACCGAAGGUGACCUCAGUAGUGUCGAGACCACUAGUGAGGCACAAGAGGGUGUUUUGAAAAUUGAGGCAAUUAAUAUGACCUGGACAAUGCGUUCGUUGAUUAUUGCCUAUGUCAGGUUCGUGUGGCUUGCAGUGGCGCCUUGCCGAUUUCCUCAUUCCCGUUCAUCACGCACUAACGGGGCACAAAGUAUAUUCCUCAUGGCCUUUUGCACGUCAUUAGAAGGCCAGACGGUCAUGUCAUUAUCGGCGUAUGCGACGAGUGCAUUCAGCAAGCACUCGUUAAUCUCGACGGUCCUCGUCGUUCAAAAUGUCGUCAAUGCCGUUAUCAAACCGCCCAUGGCCAAAGUUGCCGAUGUGUUCGGUCGCUUCGAAGCUUUUUGCGUCAGUAUUUUGAUUUACAUCCUGGGCUAUGUGCAGAUGGCCGCGUCGACGAACGUGCAAACAUACGCUUCCGCCCAAAUCUUCUACUCUGCGGGCUCCACGGGCUUGCAAAUCCUUCAGCAAGUGUUUAUCGCCGACAGCAGUGACUUGCUCAAUCGUGCCUUUCUAGCUCUGCUGCCAGAGUUUCCCUUUUUGGUGACUGUCUGGCUCGGUCCAACCAUUGCCGAUGCGGUCCUGCGAUCAUCAUCGUGGCGAUGGGGCUACGGUAUGUGGGCUAUCAUUCUGCCUGCCGCUUUCCUGCCACUCGCACUAUCGCUACUAUUGAACCAGCGCAAGGCUCGACGUUUAAAUCUGAUCAAGUCAUCUCGGCACAAACGGAAGCGAAGCUUCCUCGCCGUCGUGAAACGGACUUGGUAUGAUUUAGAUGUCGGCGGAUUGACUUUGUUGUCUGCCGCGGUCACUUUGAUCCUGGUGCCGCUGACAUUGGCGGCCAAUUCAAAGAACGGAUGGGGAAAUACCAGUAUCAUUGUCAUGAUGAUCGUCGGUGUUGUCUGCUUGUUCGUCCUGCCGUUUUGGGAGGGCUCGAAGAGACUGGCGCCGAAGCCUUUGCUUUCUUUGCAUCUUCUUCGUCAACGAACCGCGCUCGCGGGCUGCGCGUUGGCGUUUUGGUAUUUUAUGGCUUUCUAUUUCUCCGUCCAGCCAUACCUCUACUCCUACCUCCAGGUUGUCCAAGGCUACGACGUAGCCACCGCCGGUCGCGUCACUCAAACUUUUGCCUUUACCUCGACCAUUGCAGCAUUUACCGUUUCCCUCCUGAUUAAAUAUACCCGGCGAUACCGCGUCUUCGUUACUGUGGGCUGCGUGAUCUACAUGAUGGGCCUAGCAUUCAUGCUCCUCUGCCGAGGCGAAGGCGCCUCCCACGCCCAAGUCCUCGGUGCGCAGAUCAUGGUCGGUUGCGGCGGUGGCCUACUCAACGUACCGGUUCAACUGGGUGUGCAAGCCUCGGCGAGCCACCAGGAAGUCGCAGCCGCAACUGCGAUGUUCUUGACCUCGAUGGAGAUGGGCGGUGCCGUAGGAGCUGCCGUCUCGGGUGCAGUCUGGUCAACCUUCAUCCCGAAGAAACUGAUGCAGUAUCUUCCGGACGAGACCAAGCCCGAGGCAGGCGAGAUCUUUGGCAAAUUGACCAAAGCGCUAUCCUACCCGCCCGGAUCACCCACUCGCGAUGCAAUCAAUCGCUCUUACCAGGAGACCAUGAACAAACUCCUCGCACUAGCCCUCCUCGUGACACUACCGCUCAUCCCGCUCAGUUUGAUGAUGGAAAACUACAAACUCGACAAAGUGAGUGAUACGCCGCCCCCACAACUGAUGAGCCCGAAGAGCAGCGCCGAUCACGAUUCCAACAACCCACUCCCCGUCGAGGCCGAGCCCGACUCUAACGAUACACACCACAAGCGGACCUAG